AAUAUCAAACCAAAACAUUUAUCGUAUACAGAAAAACUCAUUUAUGAAGUACUUCGUAAAUGUGUUUUUACGGAACUCAAUGGUGAGCGUCCAAAAGUGUUUUGAAUGAUUUGAAUUAAAAAUUAAUUUUUACCGAUAAAAGAUAUUUCUUACCAAUCAAAAUUUUAAAACAUAUCUCAACUAUCGAUUGUCAAAAUAGACAAUUACGAUUGCACGAUUUUGUGAAUAACUCAUUCACUGCGCUAUGGUAUAUGCUCCAUCUAACAAAAGUUUAGGAAGAAGUAAUUAAGCUGGUUAGAUUUUGUGCUGGGUGCUGUGGCAGGCAAGUCUGUAUCCGGACCUACAGGUAUACUCUCCACCUACCACCACCAACACUUCCCUCUCCUCUCCUCCUCCAACCCAAAUUCCCCAAACCCAAUUAUGUAAAGCCAAACCAACCCAACCCAACCCAACCCAACCCAUCUCUCUCUGUCUCUCUCCCUGCGCCCAAUUAGCACCAAACCCCAUGGAUCCCUCCUCUCUCUGUCCAAGAAAUGUUGUUUCUCUCUCCACCCACCGCGCCUCUCUCUGUCCAAGACACGAUUCUCUCUCUGCUCGAUUUCCUUCUCUCCCUGCGCCCUCGACCCGUAACGGUUUGAAAUUUGCUAAAUUGCAGUUGAAGGUUUCGGCCAGUUCAACUGCUCAGGUGAUGGAACAAUCGCCGAGGGAAGCGAGUUCAAGUGUUCCGACCACUGUAGACGUCGAUUUGGGUAACCGGAGCUACCCGAUCUAUAUCGGGUCUGGGCUUCUUGAUCAACCCGAUCUUCUCCAAAGGCAUAUUCAUGGAAAAAGAGUCCUUGUGGUCACUAACACCACCAUUGCACCGAUAUACUUGGAUAAAGUUGUUAGUGCCAUAACACAUCAGAACCCAAAUAUUUCGGUUGAGAGUGUGAUUCUACCAGAUGGUGAAAAGUACAAGAAUAUGGACGUUCUAAUGAAAGUGUUUGACAAGGCAAUCGAGUCACGGUUAGAUAGACGUUGCACGUUUGUUGCCCUUGGUGGUGGUGUCAUCGGCGACAUGUGCGGAUAUGCUUCUGCCUCCUUCCUCAGAGGAGUUAAUUUCAUUCAGAUUCCCACAACUGUUAUGGCGCAGGUCGAUUCUUCUGUUGGGGGAAAAACUGGCAUAAAUCAUCGUCUUGGGAAAAAUUUGAUUGGUGCUUUCUAUCAACCUCAAUGUGUGCUUAUAGAUACCAACACAUUGAGUACUUUGCCGGAGAGAGAAUUAGCAUCAGGAUUUGCUGAGGUUAUAAAAUAUGGGCUCAUUAGAGAUGCUGAGUUUUUUGAGUGGCAAGAGAAGAAUAUGAAGGCAUUGAUGUCCAGGGACCCCAAUGCACUGGCUUAUGCUAUCAAGCGAUCAUGUGAAAACAAGGCUGAAGUUGUAUCCCUUGAUGAGAAGGAAAGUGGGCUGAGGGCAACAUUGAACUUGGGUCACACUUUUGGACAUGCUAUAGAAACGGGUUAUGGCUACGGAGUGUGGCUUCAUGGAGAAGCUGUUGCUGCUGGCAUGGUUAUGGCUAUUGACAUGUCAUACCGCCUCGGCUGGAUCGACGAAUCCAUCAUGAAGCGAGCUAGCAAUAUCUUGAAGCAGGCUAAGCUACCCACUGCUCCUCCUGAUACAAUGACAGUUGAGAUGUUCAAGUCUGUCAUGGCGGUUGAUAAGAAGGUAGCUGAUGGGCUAUUAAGGCUCAUCCUCUUGAAAGGUCCAUUAGGCAAUUGUGUGUUCACAGGGGAGUAUGAUAGAAAGGCUCUUGAUGAAACCCUCCAUGCUUUCUGCAAGUCUUGAAACCUAAGCUUUAGCAACUAUAUUAGAUUUUGUACCAAAUCUUCGUUUAUGUAGUUACAUCGUUGCAUUAUCAAGUUUCCCGUGUAUUUUAAGCAGUUUUUUUCCGGCUUCCUUGUGUCCCAAUGGUACGAAGCCUGCCUACCACAUUGUAUUCUAUGGCCAAUUAGCCACGCUGCUACUUGUUAAGCAUUGGCCUUUAUCAAUAAAAGAUUUGACAUGAUUUUUGCAUCUUCA